UUUUCGCUUCGGCAUUCUCCCCGAACACCACCACACUCACUUCAAUCGCGCCUUGCCGGCCACCCCAUCCCUUCAUGUUGCGGACAUCGCUGCGAUCCGUGAGGGCGCUGGGCAGCAGGCCCGCCGCAGCCGCUGUCGGCCGCCAAUGGCAGGUUUCUGCGCUUCGUGCAGUCGUGUCAAGCCAGAGGUUCUAUGCCGACGACAAGAAGCGCCCUGAUGAGGUCAAACUUCCUUCUGCCGAGACCCUGACGUCCCCUUCGACGGCUCCGCCGCCUCCUCCCCAAGUCGAGAAUGUCGCUUCGUCCACCAUCCCUCCCGAGAAUGCCCCCCUCACGCCUCCCGCUCCUGAGGCCACCAUCACCCCGCCACCACCUCUCCCGACGCCGCGUCAGAGGACUGGCCUUUUCCGGAGGCUGCGCAACUACAUCCUCACCCUCACCCUGCUGAGCGCCUUGGCCUUCGGCGGCGGCGUAUGGUAUUCGCGCAUCAACGACAAUUUCCACGACUUCUUCACCGAGUACAUUCCCUAUGGCGAGCAGGCCGUGCUGUACCUGGAAGAGAUGGACUUCAAGAAGCGGUUCCCCAACGUGGCCAGCCGCGUGACGGGUCGGCGGCCGGAUGGGGAGCACGUCAAGAUCCCCGCCCAGAGCGGCGCCUCAUGGCGUGUCGCCGAUGGCGAGACUGGCGGCCGGCAAUCGAGCGCGAUUCAGAAGGUGGCUGGUGCCAAGGAUGCGACCAAGUCCAAGGCUGAGCCUGCCGUCGUGGCCCACGCAAAGGAGCAGACGGCCAAGCUGCCCAAGGCCGAGUCCAAGCAGGAUGAUGUCGAGAAGCAGAAGCCUGUCCCCGCGCCUAUUGCCAAGACGAAGCCGGAGCCGGAGCCGGAACCUGCUCUCGCUCCUGCUACCCCUGCUUCCGCUGCUCCGGCUCCUGUUCCCGCUCCUGCACCCACGCCUGCACCAGCGCAGGCAUGGAAAGCACCCGAGGUUGACGAGCCGUCGCGGUGGCCUCCAGCUUCGCUCAUCGACCCUCUGGCCGUCCCCGACGCCGCGGAUCCCGUGGUGCAGGACCUCGUGCGCAUGCUGAACGACAUCAUCACCGUCAUCAACCACGACGGCGCCAACGAGAAGUACGGCGCCACCAUCGGCAAGGCAAAGGGCGAGGUCAACAAGGUCGGCCAAAAAAUCCGUGCCCUGAAGGCGUCAGUCGAAAAGGAGGCUGCUAAGCAGGUCAGGGAGCGCGUCGACAACUUCGACAAGGCCGCCAACGAGCUAGUCUCCCGCCUGGAGGCCGCCAUGGCCGCGCAGGAGCGGCAGUUCCGGAAGGAGUUCGAGGUCGAGAUGGAGCGGCUCAAGCAGAGCUACGACGCCAAGGUGCAGCUGAUCCAGCAGCGCGAGCGGCAGCUGGCCGAGGAGAAGCUCAACAACCAGCUGCUCGAGCAGGCCGUCCAGCUGCAGCGCCAGUUCGCCCGCGACAUCAAGAAGCACGUCGAGGAGGAGCGCGACGGCCGCCUGGGCAAGCUCAACGAGCUGACCGCGGCCGUCGCCAACCUCGAGAAGCUCACGACGGGCUGGAACGAGGUCGUCGACGCGGCCCUGCGCACGCAGCAGCUUCACGUGGCCGUAGAGGCGGUGCGCGCCAGCCUCGAGGACGCGCACCACCCGCGGCCCUUCAUCAAGGAACUAGUCGCGCUCAAGGAGAUUGCGUCCCAGGACCCGGUCGUCGACGCCGCCAUCGCCUCGAUCCACCCGUCGGCAUACCAGCGCGGCAUCGCCACCCCCGCCGAGCUGAUCGACCGGUUCCGCCGCGUCGCCGCCGAGGUGCGCAAGGCGAGCCUGCUGCCCGACGACGCGGGCGUCGCUAGCCACGCCUCGAGCUAUGUCCUCAGCAAAGUGCUCUUCAAGAAGCAGCCGGGGCUGGCGGCGGGUGAUGAUGUCGAGAGCAUUCUCACUCGCACGCAGACGCUGCUCGAGGAGGGCGAUCUCGACAAUGCGGCGAGGGAGAUGAAUGGCCUGAAAGGGUGGUCCAAGACGCUCAGUCGGGAUUGGCUGGCUGAGGUGAGGAAGGUGCUGGAGGUGCGGCAGGCUUUGGAGGUUAUCCAGACCGAGGCGAGGCUACAGAGCUUGAGGCUGGAGUAGGGGGUUUUCUUUUGUUGAUGUACAUUCCUCGUUAGAUCUGCUAGGUAGAGGCCGGCGUGUAUCAAGUAGUCAAUAGACGAUCAGGCCAUGGACAUGGUGUUGUGUGUUUGAAUUCCUAGUUUUAUCACUCAAG